AUGGAACUUGCCGAGGCAGUGGAACCCAUGGAAACUUCUGUCGGCGUUCGCUCGCGCCGGUCCACCGACGGCCCGCUUCUGCACCCCACUUCGUUCAUCACUCCUGGGCCCACUAGCCCCUCUUGUCGCGUGGUGCACGGCUCUGACUGUGCCGGCCAGAUCAAUCACAAAACCACGCAGGAGGAUCUACAUAGAAGUGUCUGGCCGGCAACAGGCAGCACGAUGCCUCCGGGCGACGUCUUCGCCUCUGAGGGCCAGCAGUUCCAGUUCCCGUAUCCACGACCGCAGCAACAGCACCACCAACAGCCAUCGCGACAGGUGCAAGCCCAUCCUUAUCUUCAUCCACAGCAAGUUCAAACCCAACAGCAACAACAGCCCCAGACACCACAUCAUUUAUUACCACCAUUAUCACCUAGUCCCCAGGUUUCUCAGCAUCCUGCUUUGUACGCGAACGCGCGCGUGAACGGCAACCAGCAGGCGUAUCAACACCAGCAGCAUGUCCGUUAUGUCCACCCUGCCUUUGUUACCGGCCAGCAGCCGCUGGCCACGCAGUUUUAUGCCAACAAUGCUCCACAACAGAACCAACAUCAGACUCAGCAGCAGCAAUAUUCCAACUUCAAUGCAGGUUUCCACCAGCCGCAGCCGCUGCACCCGCAAACCUGGCAGCUCCCACCACUCCAGCAUAUCCAGGUGCCGCCGGCUGCUCAAGUCGCUGCCUCUUCGCCAACCGCAUCGUCGAUGCACUUCCUCAACUCUCCUUAUGCCCAGCAGUCGCCUGAUUCACGCCCACUUGCCCAUAACUUUCCAACAUCGCAACCGACUGCGAUGAGCCCACAGCUUCCCCGUGUCACGCCCUCGCAGCCGUUGCCGCAGCCACAAGCACAAUAUCAGUCUCAACCACGGCCACAACCCCAAACCCAUUUGCAAUCGCAGAUACAUCAGUCCCCCAUACAAGCUCGGCCGCCUCUCCAAUCGCACAUACAGCCACAACCACAGCUGCAGUCUCCAGCUCAAAUCCUGCCACAACAGCAAUCCCAACCUCUGCCACAACUACAACAGACAAAAUCGCAGCUGCAAGUGCUGCCAUCUCCUCAGUUACAGCAGCAACCUCGGCCCCAGCCUGCGUCUCAGCCACAGGCAAGGCCACAACUGCAGUCACCCAUUCAGAUACAACCGCAGCAACAACCCCAGCCUGUUGGUCAGCCACAGCCAGCAUUUCAACCAGUGCGGCAACAGUCUCGGCAGCAACCUCAGCAGCAGGUGCGUCUGCAAGUACAGCAGACACCUCGGCAGCCGCAACCCCAGAUACAACAGCAGUCUUCUAUUCAGUCACAGCCUAAAGCACAUCAGCACCACGCCCAGCAGCAAACACAGCAUAAUCAGGUCAGACAGUCUCAACCUCGUCCUCCGGUCCAGCAGCCACAAGCUCGGCAACCACAGCAACCACAGCAACCACAGCAACCGCAACCGCAGCCUCAACCUCAACCUCAAAUUCAGCAGCAGACACCGACGGCAAAGGCUAGCCCGAUAGUUUCGGCACGCCAGUCCCAAGAGUCCCAGACGAGGGAGCAGGCGGAGGACCAAAGACGGCUCAGCGCCACGGCUGGGGUAUCAAAGUCUCCUGCUUCAGUUUUAGCGCCUGCGGAUACGCUCCCCCUUCUUAUCUUGGUUGCAGAGGACUGCUUCGAGAAAGCCAAUGUUGCUGCACAGCAGGUCGCUCGGUCUAUGACGGAGGGCGAGGUGGCAGAGCACCACAAGCUGGUAGCUACAGGGUUAGGCUGUUUGGAGGUUGCGUUAAAGUCUAGAAAGUUGUGGCCUCGUCUGGAAGCGAGGCUGAUGCUGCGCUAUGCUAGCGUUCUGGUUGAGGAGACAACCAAUAUUGAAAAGGCCGAGACUGUGCUCUCGAAGGGAAUAUCGUUAUGUGAGAAACACCGAUUUCUCGACUUGAAAUACAAUACCAUUUGGCUUCAUAUGAAGGUGCUCUUUCAGCGGAAUCAAAAGGCUGCUUUGAUAUCCAUUGAGAAUCAUAUUGCUGAUUGUACAAGCUAUAAGCAUCUCCCCUGGAUAUAUGCCUUCCGUUUUCUCAAGGCAGCCUUCCAUCUACAAUCGACCACGGGCCCUGACCAUCAUGCGAUAGAAAACCUUCGGAAAAUUGCAGGCCUCGCCAGCCAGCGUGACGACAAGGCCAUCUUCGUUAUGGCCAUGCUGCUGGAGGGGCUCGCGCAUCUUGCGAGCCGUAAGGACGAUUGGGUCAACCGCGUGCAGACAUGUAUUGCCCAUGCGGCAAAGUUACAGAUGGAUGAUUCUGUUCAUCAUCCUCAGUCUGAUGUCCUAAUACUUCUUCUCGAUCUGGCAUGUAGCCUUCACCAGAAGGCGUAUAACAUGUCAGCACAGAAGAUGGGUGCGCUGCAGAAGCGGCUGGAGGAGCUGAAGCAGUCGCCUGAUUGGCCUUCUCGUUCGGGCGAGAUGUUGUUGCCCAUCAAACGGAUACCAAAUGUGCAGCAAACAGUCAGCACCGACACGCGAGCUGUUUUGCGUCCUGGGGAUGACGAUGUGGAUUAUUUAGUGUUAUCAGCACUGGGCAAACAGGAGGCGUUCGCAUUGGCGUUUGUAUUCAAUGGCAUCGUGGCCUGCUAUAAGGCUUCGACCCCUGCUCGUAGUUCGUCCAUGUGGGGAGAGGCGAUCAGGUUGCUGGAAGACGGCAAAGCAGUAUCGCCACCGCAACCACUUCCUGUUGCCCUUGAGCAAGCCGAGUGGGCAAGAGAGCUGUCUUGCUAUGCGCACAUCCUCACCGGUCUGCAGGCAGCAACGCUGUCCGAUUGGGCCAAGGUUAAAGUGUGCCUAGAAACAGCCCAGAAUUGCAGUUCGCAGACCGACUUCCUUGACAUCUUGACACUCUACCUUCAGGGUGUCUUCUACCAAGGAACAGCUCAACUCGAGAAAGCUAUCGAGAUCUGGAAGGAUCCGGCCUUCGAGGUAGACCCGACCGGCAUCCCUAAGCCAGGUACUAGUCGCAUCCAAAUGGAACUUUCCAUCUUGGCUGCGCUCAACCGGAUUUGGAUUAUGCAAGAGCCGGGACAACGCGACGACGCCGAGCUGGCCGAAAUCAUUGACCUGCUGCGGCCGAUCUGCGAAGACAACCCGGAUCAUGAGAUCAGAACGGUCUACAACUUAGUACUUUCAUGCGCCCAGCUUAAUCCUCCCCUUUCCAUUAACCAGGUCAAGCGCCACAUCCAGAACUCGUUGGGCGGUGCGCAAAUGACAUGCAACACGCAGCACCUGGCGAUUGCGCUGAAUGUGAUGCGCUGCCGGCUGUUUGAGAAUGUGGUGGGCGAGCAGGCACUCAAGAGCGCUAAGGCGGGCGCUGCGCAGGCACGUAAGAGCGGCAACGUGUUAUGGAUGAGCGUUGCCGAAGGUAUGCUGGCGCAGUCUUAUGAAAUGCAGGGCGCGUUGGAGUUGGCCAGAGAAGCCCAUGAGAGUGGUGUUAAGUAUGCGAAUGAGGCGUAUCACAGGACGCAAGUCUGA